AUGGAUGAUUUUUUGGAAUUUCUUUUGGCCUACGGAGUAACGAUUUUUAUGGUCAGUUCAGUAUACGGCAGCGGUCUCGGACAUUCUGCUUGUGUCGAUCACCAUAGAGCGAACAACUUGGAAAAAUGUCUGGCGGCUCUCAGACAAGUCGCAGACGACAGAACUCUGUUUUGGUUCGGAGAGAAGUACACUACUUCCUGCAAUGGGGCCAACGCCUUUGAUGCCGACUGUUAUAAUCCUAGUUCCAAGUCGGCGGAUAGUUUGGUCUCCAGGGCGUUCCAGGAAGCGGAUACUGGUUUAAUUGAUACAUUUUUGGAAGUUAGCUACCGGCAAGUUCCUGGAUCUUAUUUUGGUUGUGGAAACGAUUUCGAAGUCCACGAAAGCAACACAAUCGAUGUGGACCCUCUAUCUGUAGAAGUGUACCGGCCGUGGCAGCUACGUGAUGAACCUGUGUACAGUUGGCGAUCCUCGGACGGCGACUACUAUACCUUCAUCUUCUUUGAUGUCGGCUUCAUGCACAUCAAGUCUGUCAUUAUCAAUAUUCCUGGUGAUGACGUCACAGCCGGCGAGACCAUUUUGCCGUACGAAGGACCACUGAAUCCCACCAGAAAUAAGAAUCCCUACAUGUUCAUCUUAUACCGGCAGUCGGAGUACCUGGAGCUGGGAUCCAAAUGGAGGAAUAUCCUACAUAGAAGAUCGGCCAAUAUCAACCUAUCGGAGUUUGCUACAGAGAAGAACCUUACUGGACCGGUUGCGAUCAAUUGGAUCUUGGUGAAAGGAGAUGCUUAUGCUGCUGAAAUAAAACGACGAACUGGUUAUAUGAACACGUGUCCACAUUUCGUUAAUGAUGCUCUCACCGACCAGAAGUUGAAUUUCCUACCAGAGAAGACCAGGCAACUAGACCUCAGUGUCUUCAUGAAUGUUACUUUGAAGGUUCCCCAAACCGCCUUUAAUUCCUGUUGCGUCAACUAUGAAUAUCCAGCAACAACAUUAGCCCUGAAUCCAUUGGGUGAUGGGAACGUGAAAGCUGUCUACGUCAGGACCGAUGUUCAACCGGAAGUAGAAUUGUCAAUGGCCACAGCUUUCCCCAACCAGAAAAGAGACUUCAAAGGUAAAUUGUUGACGCUGAUGGUACUGGACAGUGAUUCACCAUAUCCAAUGUUCGGCGACAAGAAGGAGCCCUUCCUACACUGGUUGGUGGUGAACAUAGAGGAAGCCGAUGUGUCCAACGGAGAGAUCGUCAAGGAGUAUGUUGGCCCGGCACCACCAAACCCCGAGCCCCAUACCUACCAUUACUUACUGUUUGAACAGACUGGACAGAUCAAUCCUGAAGAAAUAGCAGCCUUCACAGCUAUAAAAUGCAGUUUUCCAUUCAGAGGACGGUGUCGUUUCAAGUCCAGAAAUGUGAUCGAAAAAUACAACCUGAAGUUGAUUGGAGCAACUUGGCACAAAACCGGAAAUGACGAAUAUGUGAGACAUGUGUACUCUGAUUUCGGCCUGAGAUAUUGUGAAGUCUGCAAGGGAGCUGAAGGCUUCUCUAUGCCGUGUUCCUCGGCCAACGCUUUUAGGUACACAACACUGGCUUUGCUACAUACAAUCGCCGUAGUGUGCUUUUUACAUUUUAUUCAGUAA